AUGCCCAGAGCCCUGCUCUCCAGUGAGAUGCCCAGUGCCCUGCUCUCCAGUGAGGUGCCCAGAGCCCUGCCCUCCAGUGAGGUGCCCAGAGCCCUGCUCUCCAGUGAGAUGCCCAGAGCCCUGCCCUCCAGUGAGGUGCCCAGAGCCCUGCUCUCCAGUGAGAUGCCCAGAGCCCUGCUCUCCAGUGAGGUUCCCAGAGCCCUGCCCUUCACUGAGGUGCCAAAAGCCUUGCCCUCCACUGAAGUGCCCAGUGCCCUGCCCUCCAGUGAGAUGCCCAGUGCCCUGCCCUCCAGUGAGAUGCCCAGAGCCCUGCUCUCCAGUGAGGUGCCCAGAGCCCUGCCCUCUAGUGAGAUGCCCAGAGCCCUGCUCUCCAGUGAGAUGCCCAGUGCCCUGCUCUCCAGUGAGGUGCCCAGAGCCCUGCCCUCCAGUGAGGUGCCCAGAGCCCUGCUCUCCAGUGAGAUGCCCAGAGCCCUGCCCUCCAGUGAGGUGCCCAGAGCCCUGCUCUCCAGUGAGAUGCCCAGAGCCCUGCUCUCCAGUGAGGUUCCCAGAGCCCUGCCCUUCACUGAGGUGCCAAAAGCCUUGCCCUCCACUGAAGUGCCCAGUGCCCUGCCCUCCAGUGAGAUGCCCAGUGCCCUGCCCUCCAGUGAGAUGCCCAGAGCCCUGCUCUCCAGUGAGGUGCCCAGAGCCCUGCCUUCCAGUGAGAUGCCCAGAGCCCUGCCCUCCAGUGAGAUGCCCAGAGCCCUGCCCUCCAGUGAAGUGCCCAGAGCCCAGCCACCCACUGAGGUGCCCAGAGCCCAGCCCUCCAGUAAGGUGCCCAGAGCCCUGCCCUCCAGUGAAGUGCCCAGAGCCCAGCCACCCACUGAGGUGCCCAGAGACCAGCCACCCACUGAGGUGCCGAGAGCCCUGCUCUCCAGUGAAGUGCCCAGAGCCCUGCCCUCCAGUGAAGUGCCGAGAGCCCUGCUCUCCAGUGAAGUGCCCAGAGCCCUGCCCUCCAGUGAAGUGCCGAGAGCCCUGCUCUCCAGUGAAGUGCCCAGAGCCCAGCCCUCCAGUAAGGUGCCGAGAGCCCAGCCCUCCAGUGAGGUGCCCAGAGCCCUGCCCUCCACUGAGGUGCCCAGAGCCCAGCCACUCACUGAGGUGCCCAGAGCCCAGCCACUCACUGAGGUGCCCAGAGCCCGGCUCUUCAUUGAGAUGUACAGAGCCCUGCCCUUCAACCCAGCAUUCUGA